AUGAGUGUCACUAAAUCCACCGAGGCAACACCAUAUGCCUCAAUUCGCGAGCGGUCCCUCGCCGUGGCUGCACAGUCCGGGGAGCAGCAGAGCUGGCUAGAGAAGAAAAUCAAGCCGAAGAAGAUUUCAGCUAGAUACCCUUUCAAAGGCGCGCUCUUGCUGUACGCGACCUGUGCUUUUGGCAGUUUAGGUGAUGCCCUCUUCGGUUUCAACUCUGGUAUCAUGUCCGGCUUGCUGGUCAACGAGGUCUUUGUCGCUCGCUUCUUCAAGAAUUAUGGAGGUGCCGACGGCUCCACGAGUGGAGUCGAUCCUUCGAUAACGGGUAUAUCCGUCUCAUGUCUACAAGCAGCAGCCGCAGUCGGAGCUCUCGUCGCUGGAAGGCUCGGAGACAUGGUUGGCAGAAAGAAAUGCGUCCGUUUUGGUGCUUUCAUAUACUUCUUCUCCUCUUUCAUUCAGAUGUUUGCACCUGGCUUUGCCACAUUCAUUGUGGGUCGUACUAUCCAGGGUGUGGGAGUCGGCUUCCUUUCCAUGACUGUGCCUAUUAUCCAAACCGAGAUCGCGUCGGCCCACCGUCGCGGAUUGAUGGUUGGAAUUGAGUAUACCUUUUUGAUUGCCGGAUAUAUGCUUUCGUGCUGGGUGGACUAUGGGUUCAACUUCCUUCUCCCCAAGAAUCUCUCAUGGCAGGGACCGUUCAUAAUCCAGAUCGUUCUCUCUUUUGUCUUGCUGGCCAUGUCUUUCUUCCUACCAGAGACCCCUCGAUGGUUGGCGAUCAACGGAUUUGUGGAUGAAAGUUUGCAGACGAUCGCAGACCUACAUUCAAACGGAGAUACACAAGCGGAUCACGUUCAACGAACAUUCCUCGAAAUCCACGAGGCGGUUAUUUAUGAGAGCAAUCUUGGAAAGUCCAGCUGGAUGGAAAUGUUCACCCGCUAUCGAAAGCGAACGAUUGUUGGAAUCACUGUGCAGAUGUUUGCACAGAUCAACGGUAUCAACAUCAUCUCCUUCUACCUUCCGAGUACGCUGUCCUCCGCCGGAUACGACAAUCGGAAGUCUCUAUUAUACACAGCUGCAAACGCCCUUCCCUAUACGGCUGCGACUAUUGUUACAUGGUGGUUGGCCGAUAGAUGGGGACGUAAACCUUUACUCAUUCUUGGAGGCCUCGGUAUGGCAGUCCUUCUAGCCAUUGUCUGCGUGUUCACAGAAAUCGACAUCGACAUCCAAGUCAAAGCAAACGGUCAGUACGCGUUUGUUAUGCUGUAUAACAUCCUCUAUGGCUUUACCUGGGGACCCAUGCCAUGGCUGCUACCUGCAGAAAUCUUCCCACUCCGUGGUCGCAGCAAAGGUAUGGCUUUGGCCACGUUCAGCAACUGGGUGUUCAAUUUCAUCAUUGGAAUGGUGUCCCCCGAUGCCUUCGCUGGUAUUCACGGCUAUUUCUAUAUUGUGAUUGCGGGAUUCUGUCUUUCUUCCGCAAUACUUGUUCAUUUCUACUACGUGGAGACAGCGCAUCAUUCCCUGGAGGAAAUUGCGGUCGCAUUUGGGGAUAAGGCAUUCGCUGAUUGCUAUGUGGAAGUUAUGGAGGAGGCGCAAAGUGAGAGAAUAGAGCACUCGGCAUGA